UUCACGCAAACGCUUUAUUUCACGAGUAAAUCGUCGAAUAACACAGAGUCAAAAUGGGGAAAAAACAACAUCAGAAAGAUAAACUAUAUUUAACAACAACAGAGUGGAAAAAUGAAUUUGGUGGAUAUAAGGGGAAACAACUUAAAAAUCAGGAGUUUCGAAGACUACCAUUCUCAUGCUGCACGUUGUCUAUGCAAGACUUUGAGAAUCCACUAUGUACAAAAGAUGGUGUCAUUUAUGAUCUAAUGAACAUAGUUCCAUUUUUGAAAAAAUAUGGUAUAAAUCCAGCAACAGGUGAAAAACUCAGUGCAAAGGAUUUGGUGAGAUUGAAAUUUCAUAAGAAUGCUGAUGGGAAGUAUCACUGCCCGGUGACAUUCAAAGUUUUCAAUGAAAAUACACAUAUAGUAGCCGUCCGACCUACAGGGAAUGUGUUUGCUUAUGAGGCUAUAGAGAGGUUAAAUAUCAAGGCAAACUUCUGGAGAGAUUUGAUUACUGAUGAACCAUUUAUUAGAAAAGAUCUUAUUACAAUACAGGACCCAUCAAAUCUUGAUAAAUUCAACAUACAGAAGUUUUAUUAUGUGAAAAACAAUUUAAAGGCGGGAGAAGAAGAUGAAGAUGGGGGUAGCAGAGGCAGUACAAGUAAACUGAAGACCGUGAACGCUGAGACACAAGAUAUCCUAGAGACACUAGAGAAGGAAUAUCAGGCCCCGGAAAAGAAACCAGAGAUCAAGAGAAAAGCUGACAGAUUUAAUUCUGCUCAUUACUCCACAGGAGCAGUUGCAGCAUCAUUCACCUCAACAGCCAUGGUUCCAGAGACAGAACAUCAUGCUGCUAUCAUUGAUGAGGAUAUUAUAAGGUAUGGGAGAUUAAAGAAGAAAGGAUAUGUACGUAUUGUUACAAACUACGGGCAACUCAACAUUGAGCUUCACUGUGAUAUGGUGCCAAAGACUUGUGAGAAUUUUAUCAAGUUAUGUAAGAAGGGAUAUUACAAUGAUACAGUGUUCCAUAGGCUUAUCAGAAAUUUCAUGAUCCAAGGAGGGGACCCUACAGGUACUGGCACAGGUGGAGAAUCAUGUUGGGGAGGUAGUUUUAAGGACGAGUUUAAACCCAAUCUUACACACGCAGGACGAGGUAUUCUCAGUAUGGCUAACUCAGGACCAAACACGAACAAAUCUCAGUUCUUCUUAACAUUUAGAUCUGCUAAACAUUUGGAUGGGAAACAUACUGUGUUUGGAAGAGUAGUUGGUGGCUUAGAAACUCUAGAUGCUGUAGAGAAGAUAGAUGUGGACAAGAAGGACAAACCUGUUAAAGAGAUAAAGAUUGAAGGAUGUGCUGUGUUUGUUAACCCCUAUGAAGAGGUCGAUGAAGAGUUGGCUAAGGAGAGAGAAGAGGAGUUAAGUCGACAGGCACAAGAAGAUGCCGACAGAAAGAAGCCCAAGAGUAAAAAGGAGGAGCCCAGUUUUGUGCCAAAGUCAUUUACGUCAGGUGUUGGCAAAUAUAUUAAUCCAACCACAUUGAAAAGACAUACCACAGAUGAUUCUGAUUCCAGUCCAGUAACUGCAAAGAAAAAAGUGAAGGCAAAAUCUGGUUUGAGUGACUUUAGUUCCUGGUGAACUGAUCUAUUUAUAUACAUAUAUAUAAUAUUUGUUGUAAUGAUGAAAUUCAUGCAUUGUGCAUCAUUUGUAAUUUUCUUACCAGAAUAAAAUAUUUUAUCAAUACAUGUA